AUGAUCUCGAUGCUAACUCGAACUGUCACGACCCCAAUCUCCAAACCAGCACUGCCACUAACUACCCGAAAUCAGGAUUUUGUUAUCCAAACCAAAAUCCUUGUCAAACCAUCAAACAUAUGCCACAUACUACACCACUGUGUUGUCAAGUAUACCCAUUUAUCCACGUCCACACUAACCCAUGGCACCAAAUCUGCUGCCUCUUCAAUCUCACAGAGUGAGCAAAAUAGGCAAAUGGAAAUAGCUACUCAGUCCCUUUCCUAUGCCAACCUUCCAAGGCUUCCAACCUUCUCUUCUUCUCUCUCUCCUCCCAUUUUUCACUCUAAAUCUUCUGUUGUUGCUUAUCAUUCUGUCACCUAUUUGGGUUUUGAUUGCUUACCCAGAAAGCUGAAACGCAGUGGAAGGCUACACAGGCAAUUUGGAGCUAUACGUGCUUCUGGUGGUGAAAGCACUUCAACAAAUGAUGCAGAAAGAUGGCUUCUUGAACCUGUGGGUGAUGGUGAUUCAAGGCACAUAGGUUUUAAAGUUCCAAUGCCAGAUGCAUUUGAAAUAACUUCUAGUGUGGUGACUGUUGGGCGUGUGCCUGAGAAAGCAGACUUGGUCAUUCCUGUAGCAACAGUAUCUGCUAUGCAUGCCCGCAUUCAGAAGAAGGAAGAAAUUCUUUUAGUCACAGAUUUGGACAGCACGAAUGGGACAUUCAUUGAUGACAGACGCCUUAGACCUGGUGUUGAUACCGCUGCAUCACCUGGAACUUGUAUUACAUUUGGCGAUACACAUCUAGCGAUGUUCCGGGUUUCAAAGCUUGAGAAUGCAAAGGUUUCUGCAGAAUCAGAGGGUCCUGAAUCUAAGGCGGAGAUUGGAGAUCCAAAUUCAGAAAGUAGAAGCUAAAAUCGUCAAUGUUUUUUUGAAACAAAAGAAGAACUGAAUAAAUGCAAAUUCCAUAGGAGUAAUAUGAGCUAAUAUUUCUGAGGUAGGGACUUGUGAGAAAGAUUGUACAUCUUUUGUGUGAAAACUGAUAGGGGUGUAUGGGGAUAGAAUGUUUGAGCAAGAGAAAAUCUGUUGCCAUUUGUUUUAUAACUUGGUUGUUCAGCAAAUAGUCUCUUUGUUGAUGCACAAUACCCCCAUUAUGGUGUAAGCUAUCUUGUGCUUUAUAUGGCCUGCAAGUUUAUUCCACAAUCAUAGCCACAAUGUUCACCCAAUCCUUCUCCUUUGAUCUGUCACAUUCCUACAUUUAAUCGGUGUUGUGGCUGGGGCAUUUCUACAAGAUCAUAUCAGUUGUGUACAAUGAAAUAUGUGUGAGAG